ACGUUCACGCUGCCUGCCAUGGGUCGCUUCAUCCUCCUCGAGCGCCCCGAGCACCUCGACCACAUCCAGCGCACCCGCUUCGACAACUACGAGAAGGGCGAGGCGCAGCGCUCGACCCUCGGCGCUCUCUUUGGCUCGGGCAUCUUCGUCUCGGAUGGCGCUGCGUGGCAGACGCACCGCAAAGUCUCGGCCAAGCUCUUCACCAACUCGACCUACCGCGGCAUCAUCUCGACGUCGACGCACCGCUCGACGGCUCACUUCCUCGACGUCGUCGACCACCUGAGCGCUACCGGCGAGGUCCCCCUGUCGCAGCUCUUCUUCGCUCUCACGCUCGACGCCUUUACGUUCAUGGCGUUCUCGACCGACCCGGGUGCGCUUCUUGCGGCCAAGGACGGCGAGCUCAACGAGUUUGGCGUCGCUCUCGACUACGUGCAGGUCGAGACGCAGAAGCGCUUCCAGAACCCGUUCUGGUUCAUCACCGAGCGCCUGAACGGCGCCGCCGCCAAGAUGCACUCGAGCAUGCGCGUCGUCCACAACUUUGCCGACGCCAUCAUCGACGCUCGCCUCGCCAAGCCCGACAUGUGCGACACCCACCGCGAGGACACGGACGGCAACGAGGACCUGCUCGCGCUGUACAUGCGCUCGCGCGGCGCCGACGAUGAGAAGCUGUCCAAGGCCCAGCUCCGCGACGCUGUCAUCAACCUUCUCCUCGCCGGCCGCGACACGACUGCCUCGGCGCUCUCGUGGGCCGUCUUCCGCAUCCUGUCGCACCCCGAGCUCGUCGACCGCAUCCGUGCCGAGGCCGCCGCGCUCGACGACCCGACCCAGCUCCUGUUCGACCAGCUCAAGGUCAUGCACUGGACGCGCGCGAUCUUUGAGGAGACGGUCCGGCUCCACCCGGCUGUGUCUAACGUGCGUCGCAUCGCUCUCGCCCUCUCGACCCACGGUCACGCAUACUGA